AGCAAAUGGUAUCAUAGUAAUUUCCUCAUUUUGGAAGCGAGAACAAAUAAUGUAAGUAUUUGAAUUCCUAUAACCAUCUAUAACCAUCGGUAGCAAUAGUUGGUGUAGAACGAUGAAUCUAUCAAUCAUUUCCUUGUUCCUGUUUUUAUUAUUCAGCUUCUUAGCUGAUGGAGCUAGAAUUUUGGCAGUGUUUAGCUUUUGUAAUCACAGCCAUUUCUGGUUAGGGUUCAGAUUGGUGCAAGAACUUGCUAAGAGAGGGCAUGAGGUGACGUUUAUCAAUUGUUUUCCUCAGAAAACGCCGAUCAAAAACUUGAGAGACGUUUCAGUUGCAGAAACAAAGGAUGCUAUUAAAGAAAAAUUAUCCGAAUUGGUUGAUUUUGGCCAAAAAUCGUAUUGGGGUCAACUAGAAUUUAUGAAUGAAGUAGGCAUCAUUUACACGAAGGAAGUUUUCUCAUCACCCAAUGUUCAAAAUCUCCUUCAAUCCAAUGAAGAAUUCGAUUUGGUUCUCUUGGAACAUUUCAUGAAUGACGCUAUGGUGUAUUUCCAUCACAGGUUCAAUUGUCCACUAGUGUUUUCUGCUCCUGGACCAUCAUCAGUGCUCAACAAUCAUUUGUCAGCAAAUUUCGCACCGCCUUCUUAUGUACCCAAUUUGUUGAGUGAUCACGAUUCUAAAAUGGACUUUUGGGAAAGACUGACCAACACGUAUUUGGAUGUUGUUGGAGGAAUAAAUAUUCAUUACAGUGCUAUACCCAAUCAGGCUGCCCUUCUGAAAGAAUUUUUUCCGACUGCUCCUCCACUCGAUGAUAUGUUGUACAAUGCUAGUUUGAUAUUUACAUCUUCCCAUGUCAGUUUGUAUGGCCCAGCACCCAGUCAGCAGAAUGUAAAACAAAUCGGAGGCUACCAUGUUCCACCUGUAAACCCGUUGCCGAAAGAAAUGAAAGAGUUCUUGGAUAAUGCUACAGAAGGAGUUGUCAUCUUCUCAAUGGGGUCCAACUUGCAGGCUUCUCAUUUCGAAGAAGAUAAGAAGAAUGCAAUUUUCAAAACGUUUUCCAAACUCAAACAGAAAGUUCUCUGGAAAUUCGAAAUCAACUACCCUGAGAUAUCGAAUAAUGUUAAAAUUUUGAGUUGGAUACCUCAAAAUGAUGUUCUAGCUCACCCUAAUGUAGUUGCUUUCAUAUCUCAUGGAGGAUUACUUGGUACCAUGGAAGCACUAAAUCAUGGAGUACCUAUCCUCGGACUUCCAGUGUAUUGGGACCAGAUGAAAAAUAUAGCAGAUGCUGCUAGAAGGGGUUUUGCUUUGAGACUGGACUACAAAAAUUUGAACGAGCACAACUUCCAAAGAUUAUUGACAGAGAUACUGACAGAUGCAAAUUACCGUCAGAGUGCUAAAAAGCAAUCAAGAAUAUUCCAUGAUCAACCUGUAAAGCAAAUUGACGAAGCCAUGUUUUGGUUGGAAUAUGUUAUUCGUCAUAAGGGUGCUCCACACUUGAUGACAGCAGCAAUAAAAUUGAAGUGGUAUCAACUUCAUCUACUCGACAUUUAUUUAUUUAUUGCAACGAUCAUGUCAGUAUCAGUUUUCAUUAUUUAUAUUACUGCCAAAAAAUAUUCUAUAUCAAGUGGUGAAAAGAUCGAUUUGAGGAAUAAGACUAAAUAGUUUUUCAAAUUCACUUGGUGGACAACCAUUUGGGUUUUCACAAAAUUAAACUGAAAAUAGUCUAUCAUGUUUCGUACAAUUAGCCAUCAUUGAUUGAACGAGGUUCGUCGUCCAGAAGCAUCAGAAGCCAUGUAUACUGUUUAUUGUAAGAUUCUAUCCAAAUCCUAUAGUUUGUAGUGAUAUUUCCAGAAUAAAAGAUGUCUCACUAGCA